UCUCUCUCUCUCUUAGUGAGUCAAAAGCCUAUAUAAAACUCCUAUCUCUACUCCUCUCAAGGGCCGGCCUUAAUGUUCCAGCAACUCCAAGAACAAAGGCCUCCCUUUCUACCAAAUUCACAAGAAAAAGAAAAACAAAAUUUUCUUUUGAAAACAAGAAGAAAUAUCUGAUACUGCUUCUUCUUCUACUCCAAAAUGGGAAGGUCUCCUUGCUGUGAAAAAGCUCAUACAAACAAAGGUGCAUGGACCAAAGAAGAAGAUGAUCGCCUUAUUGCUUAUAUUAGAGCUCAUGGUGAGGGUUGCUGGCGUUCUCUUCCCAAAGCUGCAGGCCUUCUUAGAUGUGGUAAAAGUUGCAGACUUCGCUGGAUUAACUAUUUAAGACCUGAUCUUAAACGUGGAAAUUUCACAGAAGAAGAAGAUGAACUCAUUAUCAAACUUCACAGCCUCCUUGGCAACAAAUGGUCUCUUAUAGCUGGUAGAUUACCAGGAAGAACAGAUAAUGAGAUAAAGAAUUAUUGGAACACUCAUAUAAGAAGAAAGCUUUUGAACAGAGGAAUAGAUCCUGCAACUCACAGGCCACUCAACGAGCCACCACAGGAAGCAUCAACGACAAGGACGACGACGACAAUAUCCUUCAAUCAUGUGAAAGAAGAAAACGAAAUGAUUAGCAACACAACUCCAGUUGUAUGUAAAGAAGAGAAGAACCCAGUUCAAGAAAAGUGUCCAGACUUGAAUCUUGAGCUUAAAAUCAGCCUCCCAUACCAAAGCCAGGUUCCUGAGCCGAUGAAAACAGGAGCCAGAGAUCUUUGUUUUGCCUGCAGGCUGGGUCUACAGAACAGCAAACACUGCAGUUGUAAUUUGGGUGCUCAUAUUGGUAGUAGCAGUGGCAGCACCAACUCUGGCUAUGAGUUCUUAGCCAUGAAAAGUGGUGUUUUGGACUAUAGAAGCCUGGAAAUGAAAUAAGAUAUUGAACUAUUCUUGAUCUUGUAGCUGAAAGAAAAAUGGAGAGAAAUGAGAAAGAGAUUGCCAUUAGAUUCAAAAGCCUAUCUAAUCUCUUCACUUUUCCCCUUCUAAUCUGUAUGAUUAUUAGAACAUAAAUAUAUAUAUACACUUGUAGUACAGUGAUUAUAGUUGAUGAAUGCAUGUUUUUCCACUCAUUGAAGCAUAAUUUUUCUUUAA